AUGCCUUCCAGAACCUUUAUGAAGCAUUCCAAAGGCGUCAUCUCCGAAGGAGGAAGGCUGGUAUUCAUGGACGACUUUGUCAAGCGCUACCGCGGAAACAGCCGCCGCGCCAACCGCGAGCUCAAGGAGAACAUCCAGCCCGACGACCUCAUCAGCGACCCCGACCGCAUCAACCGCGUCGAACGCCUCGACGAGCUCAACAUGUUCAACGAGCUCUUCGGCGGCACCGAGCGCACGAGCACCUCCGACACCGCGUCCAACCGGCCCCGCGAGGUCAACCCCGAGAUGGCCCUGUGCGCCGUCGGCUCCCGCGUCGAGGCCAAGCACCCGACCGAGAUCAUCAGCACCGAGGAGAUGCAGACCCUCGUCACGGGCAAGAAGAAGAAGAAAGCCGCGCCCGUCCGGUCGCUCGGCCCGCUGGAGACGUCACCCCAGCCGCAGGAGAAGAAGAAGAAGGCGUCGUCUUCGUCGAAGAGGAAGACGUUUGGCGGCUUCGAGGUCCGUGACGGUCGCGGUCGCGGUUGCGGUCGAGAUGGCGGCCGUGGCCUCGGUCACGGUUUCCGUCUCGGUCGCACGCGGCCCUCUCGUGCUAGUGUUCGUGGCGGUGCGGAGGAGAAGGAGGGUGAGGAGAAGAAGAAUGAGGAGGUCGAGGGUGAGAAGGAAAAGACUGAGGAGGUUCAGGGUGAGGAGAAGGUGGUUGAGGCUGAGCAGCAGACAAAGCCAGCUGGAAGUGAGGCUAAGGAGAAGGAGAUGGAGAAGACGCCUGCUCUCGCUGGAAUGAAGAGAAAGGCGGAGGAUGACGAGAAGAACGAGGACAAUGAGGAGGUCGUUUUGGUCCCUACGAGGAAGGUCAGGCGCCUGAGCAAGCGUACACUGGAGUAG